GCCGACCGGGGACGGAGGGCCAAAUCUGAUGGUACCUGGAGCGUGACGCCAUCUUGUACAGCAGACAGCAGCCACGAAGCCGAAUGACGGAAGGAUACCUUUUUUCUAUUACACUAGGGGGCCUUCUCCAUCAGCCAUGAAAUCGAUCGCGUUCCGCGGGCUGCGGCAUUUGCUCUGGCCCUGGAACGGCGGCGGCGGCGGCGGCAGCGGCAGCGGCAGUUCCUCGGACGGACCUCGACCGCUACGGCCAACGGCAUACCUCGACGGGCUGAGAGGGUUCGCGGCCCUUAUGGUGUACUUCCACCAUCACCAAUUAUGGGCACACGCAACGCCGGAAGGCGAUCCUGUGUUUCAGAACGCGUUCGGGUCUCAUGGCGAAUACCAUCUGGCCACCUUUUUCUUCAUUCGCAACUUCUUCUCGGGCGGCCACUUCGCGGUGGCCAUCUUCUUCGUCAUCUCGGGCUACGUGCUCUCGGCAAAGCCGCUCUCGCUCAUCCACGCGGGCGAGCAUGUCAAGCUCCUUGAUAAUCUCGCGUCCGCCUUCUUCCGGAGAUGGUUCCGGCUCUACAUCCCCGUGAUCGUGACGACGUUCGUCUAUGUCACGUCCUGGCACGUGCUGGGCAUCUAUAACGCGGGGCAAACUCCUAAGAAGACCCUCGGGGAGGAGCUAUGGAACUGGUACGUGGAGUUCAAGAACUUCAGCUUCCUCUACAAAGACGGCUGGCUGUACAUGAGCGCCAACCAGCAUCUGUGGUCCAUCUCGCACGAGAUGCGAGGGUCCGUCAUCAUCUUCGCCGCCUGCGUCGCGCUGGCGCGGGCCACCCACAAGGCACGGCUGCUCUGCGAGCUCGCCCUGAUCUUCUACUUCCUCUACAUCGUCGACGGCUUCUCGUGCGCGCUCUUCAUGGCCGGCAUGUUGCAGUGCGACCUGACCCUCCUCGCCAGGAGGGAGGGAGGAGGCUACUUCCCCCGGUGGCUCCGCCGCCUGGAACGCCACAAGACGCUCAUCUACUACCUCCUCUUCGUCGUCGGCAUGUACCUGGGCGGCGUCCCGUCCAACACGCAGGAGAUCACGGAGCUGCGGGAGGAGAUGGGCUGGCACUACCUGUCGUACCUCAAGCCGCAGGCCGUCUUCGACUUCAAGUGGUUCUACCUCUUCUUCGCCGGCAACAUCAUGGUGGCGUGCGCGGCGCGCCUCGGCUGGCUGAGGCGCUUCCUCGAGUCCGCGCCCUGCCAGUUCCUCGGCCGCGUCUCCUACGCCCUCUACCUCGUCCACGGGCCCGUCCUCCACACGGUCGGCGACCUCAUCUACUACGCCGUCGGCUGGUCCACCGGCGCCGACAUCCAGGUCCACGGGCCGGGCCACGGCCCGGUCAAGCACUGGGAGAGCGUGCUGCCGCUGCCCAAGGUGGGGCCCCUCGGGCUCGAGCUGUCCUUCCUCCUGCCCAACCUCCUCAUCAUCCUUCCGCUGACCCUGUGGCUGGCCACCCUGGUCACCCGCUUCGUGGACGAGCCGUCCGUUCGGUUCCCGGCUUGGCUGUACAAGCGGGUCCUGGGGGGCGGCGAGGCGGAACCUAAGCCUGUCGAGCUGGCGCCGCUGACGCGCGUGGAGUGAGGUCGGGACGAUUCUGAGCCAAAGGGGGGAAGGGGUGGUUGAAAAGAAAGAAAAAAAUUACACUAAUGAACUUGGGACGUCUUCUUCCCUGUUUACUCUCCAGUUGAGCUGGCCAUCA